GAUUUGUUUCCCAUUUGCAGAGAAGUCCCCACGUCUCGCAAAUUUAAAGGCACUUUCCUCCUUCCAUAGAAGUCAUCAUCAGUUUCUUCAUUUUAGUACUAAACGACCUAUACCAUCUCUAUCCCAAUUCUUUCUCUGGUUCUUUAUCUGCUAGCUUGAUUAGAGUGCCGGGCAUCCACAGACGUCAAUCAUGGAUGUAACAGUGGCUACCUGUUUAGCUCUGAGCCUUGUUCUGCUUACCAUCGUAGCUAGAUGGGUGUGGGGUAUGCUGGAUUGGUUGUGGUUUAAGCCAAAGAAGCUAGAGAGACUUCUGAGAGAGCAAGGCCUUAAAGGAAACUCCUACAGGUUUAUGUAUGGAGACUUGAAGGAGAUCGCCAACCUGGUCGAACAAGCAUCAUCUAAACCCAUGAACCUAUCAACCUCCCAUGACUUAGUACCACGAGUUGCCCCUAUCCAAGAUCAAACCCUGAAAACUUAUGGUAAGGACUCUUUUCUUUGGAUUGGGACCUCACCAAUGGUGAACAUAAUGAAUCCAGAAGAUGUGAAGGUUAUCCUCACACAGAUGGAUAAAUUUCCAAAACCAGAAGUAACAAACCCACUUAUAAAGUUGCUAGCACAAGGUAUUGCAGCCUAUGAAGGUGAGAAAUGGAUUAAGCACAGAAGAAUUAUCAAUCCUACAUUCCAUGUGGAGAAGCUAAAGCGUAUGUUGCCGGCAUUCCACGAAAGCUGUAAUGACAUGAUUAAGGAAUGGGAGAGCUCAGUGUCCAAAGAGGAUUCGUCAUGUGAAUUGGAUGUCUUUCCCUCUCUUCAACAUUUGACAGCUGAUGUGAUUUCAAGAACAGCAUUUGGAAGUAGCUAUCAAGAAGGGAUGAAAAUAUUUGAACUCCUAAAAGAACAGACAGGACAUGCAUUCAAAGCGUUACUUAACAUUUACAUUCCAGGAUGGAGGUUUGUACCAACUAAGAGGAACAGGAGAAUGAAGCACAUUGACAAAGAAAUAAAAGGUUUACUCAGGGGUAUUAUAAGUAAAAGAGAGCAGGCCAACAAGGCAGGUGAAGCCACAAAAGAUGACUUAUUAGGAGCACUUCUGGAGUCAAGCUUAAAUGACAUUCAGGAACAUGGGAAAAACAACAAGAAUGUUGGGAUGAGUAUUGAAGAUGUAAUUGAGGAAUGUAAGCUAUUUUACUUUGCUGGGCAAGAAACAACUUCGGUGUUGCUGGUUUGGACAAUGAUUUUACUUGGACAAAAUCAGAAUUGGCAACACAGAGCAAGAGAAGAGGUUCUACAAGUCUUCGGAAGAAACAAGCCAGACUAUGAUGGCCUAGCUCAUCUGAAAGUUGUAACUAUGAUUUUCCAUGAAGUUCUUCGACUGUACCCGCCACUGGUUCAGAUGUCUCGAACCGUUCACAAGGAAACACAACUUACAAAAUUCUCAUUGCCUGCUGGAGUGGACGUCGGCUUACCUACACUGCUCAUUCACCAUGAUAAGGAAUUAUGGGGUGAUGAUGCAAACGAGUUCAAGCCAGAGAGGUUUUCUGAAGGAGUUUCUAAGGCAACAAAGAAUCGACUCUCGUUCUUCCCUUUUGGAACCGGUCCUCGGAUUUGUGUUGGACAAAACUUUGCCAUGAUAGAAGCAAAACUUGCCUUAUCAUUGAUCUUGCGACACUUCACCUUUGAGCUGUCUCCUUCUUAUACUCAUGCUCCUUCCUCACUUCUAAUUCUUCAACCACAAUAUGGUGCUCCUAUAAUUUUACACAAGCGUUAACUGAAUUGUACCGAAAAUGGUUAAUUUAUGUACUUUGCAGUUAAUCUUCUCUGCAUGAAGAUAUAAUAGUUGUAAUUCCACAGUUGAUUA